GCGGGCGGGGCGGAGGCGCAGCAUGAGCGGGCGCCCCCCCGCGGCCGCCGGCGCAGCGCCCCCGCGCCAUGGAGGGAUUCCCCGCCCGCGGGUACGGCACCGGCGGCGCGGACAACCGGCCGCUCUUCGGGGAGACCUCGGCCAGGGACAGAAUCAUCAAUCUAGUUGUUGGUGGCUUAACAACCUUGCUGCUUGUAGUCACUCUAAUCAGUGCUUUUGUCUUCCCACAACUACCUCCAAAACCUGUGAAUGUAUUUUUUGCUUUCUGCAUCUCCUUGUGUUGCAUUUCUGCUGGCAUUCUUAUCUACUGGUAUCGACAAGGAGACCUGGAACCCAAAUUUAGAAAUCUAAUUUACUACAUAUUGUUUUCUAUUGUCAUGUUAUGUAUAUGUGCCAACCUGUACUUCCAUGAAGUGGGUAAAUGAAGGACAUUGGGAAUACCCAGCAAUGAUGCUGCUGUGUCAGACUGCUUCCAGCUCAGCUCUCAGCUCUACUCGAGAUAUUGAAGUGAGAACCAUCAGCCUGAGAGAAAAGAAGUGGGUUGUGCAAGGAUCAAUCAGUACAUGAUUUUCAUGUAAAUGUAUAUGUAAUGUCCCUCUUGUUGGGGAGAAUUAUUGCCAUAAGACGUGACAUUCUGCUUUUUUUUGAAGAGCUACUGUUGCGCUUAAUGAACAUUCCAGUUGUACUGAUGUUUCAGAAUGGCACAAGCUUUUUCAUUUUGGAAAAAAAUGCACUUUUUUUUAUUACUGUACAAAUAAACUGCAGCACUGAAAGGAUCUGUGGUAGUAUAAAUAAAUGGCAUCUUACAGUCAAGUAAGACAAAUACUCUUUAUUUUGUUGAAACUGAAUAUACAAUUAUUUCUGUUCCCUAGGCAACCAUUUAAAACUACAACUUAUUUUUCACAUUAACAAAACCACAGACUGAAAAAGACCAACUCUUGAUUAUGAAGAGCUAAUUACAGAAAUAAAUAAAAUAAUUUAUACAA